GGGCCGGAAGCGGAAGCCGAGGGAGAGCGGCGAGAGCGCCCGCCUGCGCGCCUUGGAGGACCCGUCCCUCCGCCUGGGCUGGAGCCGGCGCCGGGCGCGAAGAUGCCAGUGGCGGUGAUGGCGGCGGCGAGCGGCGCCCUCGGCUACCGGAAGCUGCUGGAGCAGUGCGAGACGCAGGAGCUGGAGGUGUGUGGGGCGGGGGGCGGGGGGGUUGCCUGAGGCUGCUUCCCCGAGCCCCCCCCCCCCGGCGGGCCCGCCUCCCUCUCGCCAGGCGCCUGGGGGGCUCCUCUCUCUGCGCGGGGGCUGGGGAUUCCCAGGCUGAAGUUGCGCAGCCCAGACGCAGGAGAAGGUCCUCUUGGGGGGACGAAACAGAGACAUGAACUGGUUAAAACAGAGGCAGCCGCUGGGAUCAAGGGAUUCAAACAGCCUUGCGGGGGGGGGAUGGCAGAAAUAGAUGCUGUUCUUCCUACCAUGUAAUCACUCAGUUGCCAUUAAUUCUGUAAACCGCUUUUAUUUUUGUUUUUUAGGCCCCUGGAGGAAUAGCAACACCACCCGUUUAUGCGCAACUCCUAGCUUUGUACCUUUUGCAUAAUGACAUGUAAGUAAAAAUUAUUUUCGAUCUACCUCUAAUACCUGGACUUGAGAAGAAGUGUGUCUUUGAAAGCAGCAGCUGCUAGAGGGUCACUCUGAGCUUUACUUAUUUAUUCUUCAGUACUUUCAUAUAGCAGGUAAUGCUUGUGAAAUUGGAAGAGUUUACAGAACAGGCGCACAAAAGGAGGCUUAUUUGUUUGGUUUUGUUUCUUUCUCACGCACUGUUCCUCCCAAAGGAACACAUGGCAACAAUCAUCAGAACUGUUGAAACAAUACAAUUUAAAAUGAAAAAAAUACAUCUAAAGGCAAUCGCAUACAUUGUAGAUACUAAUUCCAAGUUGGCCACUGUCAGUAUCUUUCAGUCCUCAAAUACCUGGGUAAACAGAAAAUUUUACUUGACAUUCUUUAUUGAUACUGUUUUAAACAAGAGUGUGGCACAGCAAUAGUGAAACACUUUGAAGUUCUCUUGUUUUCAGUGAGGCAAUUGCACAUGUUUUAACCUUUACCUUCAGAAUCAGUGGGAUUUUUUGGAAGGGUGAUCAUUUUGAUCAUGGCUAUUUUCUCUGAGAGAGUGAAGUUGGUGUUGCUCCAUCUCUUUAGGUCUUUGUUGAUUUGUCACCACAAGGAGUUGUAGUUGUGGAGGUAUAAUUUGUUGAGGUUUCUGUUUAUUUGUACCCCAUGGUAUCUGAACUUGGUGCCACAAAGUUUUAUCUUGGUGAUGUUGGCGAAUUCUUUUUGUGUGUGAGGGGGCGUGUUGAAGCACGUAACUUCCAACUUUGCAAAAUUUACCUGUAGGCUCGACCCCACUCACACGUGAAAACAAAGUUCACCAUAGCCAAUCACAAACAAGCAACCACACCCUAGCCAACCCCAACCUUUCUCACCACCAAAGGAACACAAGUGAAUAGUAAAGAGAACCUGCACAAGCAACACUGACACAAAACCCCACACAUACAUUAAGUAGAAUAGAAACUUUGCCACCCAACCCCAUCUGUAGAAAAUGUACAGUGAGGGAAAAAAGUACAGUGGUACCUCAGGUUAAGAACUUAAUUUGUUCUGGAGGUCCGUUCUUAACCUGAAACUGUUCCUAACCUGAAGCACCACUUUAGCUAAUGGGGCCUCCUGCUGCCACUGCACCGCCAGAGCACGAUUUCUGUUCUCAUCCUGAAGCAAAGUUCUUAACCCGAGGUAAUAUUUCUGGGUUAGCGGAGUCUGUAACCUGAAGCAUCUGUAACCCGAGGUACCACUGUAUUUGAUCUCCUGCUAAAUUUGCCCAUUUGCCCUCUGACAAAGAAAUGACCAGUCCCUAAUUUUAAUGGUAGGUUUAUUGUAGCUGUGAGGGACAGAAUAACAACAAGGAAACCCCCAGAAACCCAGAAGACAAAAGUCAGAGAUUGGUGUGCAUUAUAAUGAGUGAAAUAAGUAUUUGAUCCCCUAUCAACCAGCCAGAUGUCAGGCUACCUGGUAUCUUCACUAUAUGUAACAAGCAGAGAUUAGAAGCACUUGGUGUAAGGGAGAGGUCUUACCUGUAAUCCCAGCUCGUUACAGUACCUGUACAAAAGACACCUGUCGAUAGAAGCAAUCAGUCCAGCAGAUUCCAAAGUAGCCACCAUGACCAAGACCAAAGAGCUGUCCAAGGAUGUCAGGGACAAGAUUGUAGACCUGCACGCUUGGUGAGAAAGUGACAACAAUUGGUGCAAUAAUUCGCAAAUGGAAGAAACACAAAAUAACUGUCAACCUCCCUCGGUCUGGGGCUCCAUGCAAGAUCUCAUCUUGUGGAGUUGCAAUGAUCAUGAGAAUGGUGAUGAAGCAGCCCAGAACUACACGGGGGGAACUUGUCAAUGAUCUCAGGGCAGCUGGGACCAUAGUCACCAUGAAAACAGCGGGUAACACACUACGCCGUGAAGGACUGAGAUCUUGCAGAGCCCGCAAGGUCCCCUUGCUCAAGACAGCACAUGUACAGCCCUGUCUGCAGUUUGCCAAUGUACAUCUGAAUGACCCAGAGGAGAAGUGGGUGAAAGUGUUGUGGUCUGAUGAGGCCAAAAUCGAGCUCUUUGGCAUCAACUCAACUCACCGUGUUUGGAGGAGGAGGAAUGCUGCCUACGACCCCAAGAACACCAUCCCCACCGUCAAACGUGGAGGGGGACACAUUAUACUUUGGGGGUGUUUUUCUGCUAAGGAGACAGGAUACCUUCACCACAUCAAAGGGACGAUGGACGGGACCAUGUAUUGUCAAAUCUUGGGUGAGCACCUCCUCUCCUCAGCCAGGGCAUUGAAAAUGGGUUGAGGAUGGGUAUUCCAGCAUGACAAUGACCCAAAACACAAAGCCAAGGCAACAAAGGAGUGGCUCAAGAAGAAGCACAUUAAGGUCCUGGAGUGGCCUAGCCAGUCUCCAGACCUUAAUCCCAUGGAAAAUCUGUGGAGGGAGCUGAAGGUUCAAGUAGCUACACAUCAGCCUCGAAAUCUUAUUGACUUGGAGAGGAUCUGCAAAGAGGAGUGGGACAAAAUACCUCCUGAGAUGUGUGCAAACCUGGUGGCCACCUACCAGAAACGUCUGACCUCUGUAAUUGCCAACAAGGGUUUUGCCACCAAGUACUAAGUCAUCUUUUGCAAAGGGAUUAAAUACUUAUUUCACUCAUUAUAAUGCACAUCAAUCUCUCACUUUUGUCUUCUGGGUUUCUGGAGGUUUUCCUGUUGUUAUUCUGUCUCUCACAGCUACAAUAAACCUACCAUUCAAAUUAUGGACUGGUUAUUUCUUUGUCAGAGGACUAACGGGCAAAUUUAGCAGGGGGUCAAAUACUUUGCCCCCUCACUAAGUUGAAAAAAGAGACAUUUUACAUACUUUUGUAAAUCAAGAAAUCUUUAAUAAAAAAUAGGUUUUUUUAAAAAAAGAAUCAGUGGGAUUUUAAAAUACUGCACUUUUUAAAUUGAAUUUUGCAGAUCCUUAAUGGGCAAGAUUGUUAAGUCAGAUAGCAAUAUUUGUUUCUACAAAGCUAGCAUGAUUCACCCGGUACAGCUCACUUUACUAAAUAUCAGCUCAGGACAAAUCAGUAUGUGAACCGACUCACCCUUGCUUGUUGACCUUCAUAGUUGUCAGUCACAGUCCUUCAGAGGCAACAGAAGCAACACUUGCCAGGAUUCCCUUGUCAAUGUCUCAGCUCUAGACCUAGUUAUCACAAGCUUCCUUGCUCACAUUCCCCAGCCCUCUAAAUGUCUCCUGCUCCUUCCCAUUGCACACGGCUGCAUCUGUGUACUUUUGCCCACCUUCUGCUUUCUACAGAUUCAUGUCUCCUCCAGCUGUGCUCUGCCCACUGUCUGCAUUUCAGGCCCCUGAAUACUUUGAACACUUCUUGAGACACCUUGUUUCUUGACAAGCUUCUCUCUGUCUUCUUUUCUGAUCCAGCAUACAGCCUUUCCUGAUCUGAACCAUUUUAGACGUUCUUCAGAGGCUCCUCUUCAAUGAACUCUCACUGCAGUUUGCUGCUUCCUUGCUCUUUUCUUUGGGCCUCAUUCUCUACCUGUCCAUCCUUCAGGUUCAUCUGUCUCAGUCUACUCCUUAACCCACCCUCUACCUUCAGCUUCCUUGUCUCUGGGUGUUACCACCCCUUCUCUUCAUUUCUUUGCUCUUUCCAGUCUUGGCCAGUCCCUGUGUGAGGUUAUAAUCCCAGCCAAACAGGCGACUUUCACGUUAUACUGGGCUACACAUUGUUUAAACUACCUGAGCAACAGAACAUUCUGUGCUACCACAGCUUAGCCUAUGCACACAUGUGUGGCUUACAGGAAGUAUCAAGUGUGCAGAAGAUGUGUUCCAAACCUUGUACAGUGGUACCUUGAGUUACAAAUACCUCAGGUUACGAACUCCACUAACCUGGAAGAGUUACCUUGAGUUGCGAACUUUGCCCCAGGAUGAGAAAGGAAAUCGUGUGCCAGCGACGCAGCAAGAGGCCCCAUUAGCGAAAGCACGCCUCUAGUUAAGAACAGUUUCAGGUAAAGAACAGACCUCUGGAACUAAUUAAGUUUGUAAUUAGAGGUACCACUGUACUUGACGUUAGAAGCGAAACUUUAUAUGCUAAAAUGUUUUUUCCUGUACAUAGUAUAGACUGCAUGAGGACUAAACAUGCCCAUAUGUGAACAUGCUGCUAGAUAAAAAAAGAAAGAAAAUUUGUGAAAUCUGUGUGUUUACAUUGUUUUGAAUUGUUAUCUGCAGCUUAUAUAAAAGUGUUGCAUUGUUCGGAAUACGUUUCUUGCUUCUCUUUGAAUUGUUGCCUCUUUUAAUAGUCUUCUAGUAGUAAAAACUUGUUUUUAGUUAAUGUCAUUUAAACAAAUACUUUGAAUUGACACUUUUAUGUUAUUAGGAACAAUGCACGGUAUUUGUGGAAAAGAAUCCCUCCUGCAAUUAAGUCUGUAAGUACUUUUCAAUACUUUAAAGGACAGAGGUGUCACGCAUAACUUUAGGGUUGUGUUUCCAAAAGUGAAAGCUAAAAAGCAACACCUUUGCUGGUUGCUGAACGAAUGUUCUAUUGCUGUUGAGGUUGUGUUUUGCUAUUGUUUAAUAGAUACUUGCUGUAUUUUAUAGAUUUGUAUUUUAUCUCUUUAAGUUUGUACAUCUCAGGUGCUCCAUGCAGAGUAUUUCAUGUCGGAGUUCAGACUCAUUUCUAGAGUACGUCAUGGAUUAGGUAGAAGUUUCAUUUUUCUUGCAAAUGUGUUUUACCUCCCAGUCCCUCUUUUUCCAUAGCAGCAGCUUACAACUAUAGAGCACAUGAGGAAUUUUGCUUUUGCUUCGUAGGAAUUGAUGAGAUACUAGAUUCUAAGCAUGCAUUUAACACAUGAAAAUUCAGUGUGGCUGACAGAACUUGGGAGUGAUGUUGAAUGUUAACAUCCUUAGGAUGGGCACUCCACAAAGAAAUAACAAUUGUAGUAGAACCAUUUUACUUUAGAGCCAAACUCUUCACAAAUUGCAUACAAGUGGAAUCACUUUAACUGAUUGAGUGACCUAGAGAGUCUUGCAUGUUGGGCUUUAAUUAACUUUGGGAGGAUAGUGCCAAGAGAGUUGGUGCAAUACGUAUUAUCCCCCUCCCCCCUGAUUUUCUGGAGUGGGAAGUUGAGAGGCCAGAUGGAGGGCAGUGUGCUUCACUUGAUGCUUAAUGUGAAAAGUGAGAGGGCAGGGGAAGGAACUAGAGGAGGAUUCCACUGAAGAUACACAAAAAGCAGCAGCAGUCAAAAUCAAGCACAGAAGUAGGUGCUAGAGCAGAUGGGAAGAAAAGAGGUUUUAAAAUGCUGCUUCCUGCUCAGGGAAGAGUUUGUGACACAGCAACAGAGGCAACCUAAUUCAGUUGCUAAUAGGGGAACGUGCUGGUUUUUGGCUCUCAUGGCCACCACAGCUGAGUUCUUGGUAGUCCAGUUACCAUAGUUGUGGACUUCUUCCUUUCCCUCUUCUUCUGCUGAUCAGUGGCUUGUCCGUCUAAAUAAUUUUUCUUCCUUUCUUUGUAGGCAAACCCUGAACUUGGUGCAAUUUGGUCAGUGGGGCAGAGAAUCUGGCAAAGAGAUUUCCCUGGAAUUUAUACAACAAUUGGUGCACAUCAGUGGUCUGAAUCUAUUCAGCCAAUCAUGGAAGCACUUAGAGGUACAUCUUUCUAAAACCCUAGUCAUUUUCACUUGGUGUGGAAAGUGUGUUCUUUCAAAUGGUUGCUCAAAAUCAGCACAGAAUUUAUAAUUGCUGUUUUGUCCUGUUCCAAUACAGAUUCAAAAGCUUUGGCUGUUAGUGUAUGCAUAAUCGCUGUGAAAAAACAGAGUUUGCUUGAACUUUACAGCAUUUCCUUAAAGAUUUUGCUGGUUUGUUUCUCUUUUAAUUUUAGUGCCUGGUGAUUUGUCUCCUGUACAAGUUUGAUGUAACACAUUAGUUGGGGUUGGCUUUUACAUGACCAUGUGAUAAUUUAUGAUGAAGCAGUUUGACUUAUUUUGGGAGUUUCAAAGGGGUGGGACUGAUGCUAUCUGUGGAUGGAAGUCUGUCCAUAGAGGAAGAGAGUUGGUUUUUACCAGUCCCCCUGCAACCCACAUUGGCCCUGAAAAGCUCUUUCUGCGAACUGGGAGACUCCCCAGAACAGCAUGGGAAGUGGCAGAGGGGAAGGAACAAUUAGUGACAGUUGCCCCUCUCCCUUCUCCAGUGAUGACCCAUAAACAGAAGGAGACCUGUCUGAAUAUAACUCAAGAGUUUACAAAGCAAAACUUGAAGUUGUCAGAGGAGUUGGGUUUGUCUAUACAGAAGAUGCCUGAAGGCUGCAAUUCUAUGUCUACCUAAUUGAAGUUCCACUGAUCUCAGGAUAUUUUUUUCACAAAUAAAGGUGCUCAGGAUCACCUGCUACUCUGCUUGUUGCCAAGUUCUUGGCAGGUUGUUUUGAAGUGAAGAAUGAGAAAAGCCCACUGCAGCUCAGGCAACAUAAAUGUUUGGAUUCCUUUGUUUUGUUGUGGCCAUAUUUGGCAAAUUCUUACUUGUAUUGUAUGAUGAUCCGUACAUUAAGGUAGCACAACUUGUCUGUAUUCCCAUUGAAGCCUCAGAAUGGUAUCAAAGUCAAAGUCUUGAUAGAGGGUUGUACUUGAUAAAAUCUUACUCAUAGUAGUCCCAUUGAAAUCAGUGGACUUAUGUUAGUCGUAAGUAUGCCAUAGGUAGAUAUAACCCAGAGGGCUGGGCAGUAUCUGGUUUUCAGCAUCGUAAUAUAUCACAAGCUAGACAUCAUGAUAUAUCAUGAUGUCUGAAAUAAGGCUGGAGCCAUCAAGAGGCAUUGGCUGGCUUCACAGUUUUUCCUGCGUUGUGAUUUUUGAUGGUGCCUGCUCUUGUGAUUCUCUGCCGCCUGCAGGAGGCAGGGGAGAGCUGAGCCAGCAGAGUUAACAGGGGCUACAGGAGUCAAGAGAAGGAUUGACUGACUUCAUGAUUUUUCCCACAUUGUGAUUUUUGCAUAGGGCACGCAUACACACACACACACACACCAUGAUUUGCAAUAUAUUGCCAGGUCAAAAAUUAUGAAAUUGAUAUCAUGAUAUGGACAAACUGGUUUUGGACCCAGAGUCCUUCUAAAAUAUUGAAAAGUGCAAAAUGUUUUGGCUGAAGGCAGGUUUCUUCAGGGGCACUUUGUUUUCUUAUCAAGACUACUUAUCUCCAAGUUGAGUACUUAGCCAGCAUAUUUUAGAAUGUUGCGUCUUCACCAGUUUCCUAUGUGCAACAGUUGUUUUCGGGUACAGUGGUGCCUCUGGUUAUGAACUUCAUUUGUUCUGGAGGUCCGUUCUUAACCUGAAACCAUUCUUAACCUGAGGUACCACUUUAGCUAAUGGGGCCUCCCACUCCUGCCAUGCCGCUGGCACGCGAUUUCUGUUCUCAUCCUGAGCUAAAGUUCUUAACCCAAGGUACUACUUCCGGGUUAGCGUAGUCUGUAACCCGAGGUGUUUGUAACCCGAGGUACCACUGUACAUUGAAAAUGCCUCUGUAUAACCACUUUCCCAUGGGGCUAUGCUUUUGUCAUACGCAUUAAGCUCUUAAAACCCCCCAAUUUAUUCAUUACAUAAACAUGCAAAACAUUUUUUUUACAUCUGAUUUUCAACAUUCGUCCCAAUUAUCUCUCUAAUAGAUGCAACUAGGCGGCGAGCAUUUGGACUGGUCUCUCAAGCAUAUACCUCAAUAAGUGCAGAUGACUUUGCAGCCUUUGUUGGGCUUCCUAUAGAAGAAGCAGUGAAAGGUACGUGUGUACGUGUGUGUGUGUGUGUGUGUGUGUGUGUGUGUGUGUAAAAACGCUUUAUUAAACCUGGUGUUUCACACCUUGGAGUAACCUUGUACUGGUCUACUAUAGAUAUGUUGUGGUUACCAGGUUUUGUUGAAUGCCUUCACCUGCAGCCUAGAAAAGUGAAGAAAGGCUAUUUGCCCAGUAGUAAUAAUGGAGCGCCCUUAGUCUCAUCCUGCAUCUUCAGAGGCUGGCUGCUUUUGAGGAGCCUUUGAAUAAAGGAUGCUGGAGGUAUGCAUUGAAAUUGCAGUUCAAGACUUAUAUCAGAUUUCAACAUACUUUACUGUUUCUUAUGUAGAAGCAUUACAUAGAAUAUGCAUUCCUUACACAUAACAGACAUUCUGAUGAACAACUUCUAAUACAAAUGUGAGUUGCAUAUACCUCAGGGUAUGUGAGGGAGGGAGGGCGUGUUAAUAUGUUUUCUUUUAACUAAAUUUUUGAAUGCAUACUUAGAAAGUGUACUUAUGAAUUCACAGGAUGCAUAAGAGUUUGAAAUUUAAUUUUGCACCAUAGGAAGCUACCUUAUACAGAGUCAGACCCCUGGUCCACCUCGCUCUGCAUUGCCUGCACUGGCUGGCAGCAGCCCUCCAAGGUUUCUGUAAGGGAAACUUAACUAUAGUGAUACAGAACAAGUGUCACAGUUGUGACAAGUGUCACAGUUGCCUUUAUGUCAUAUGAUGAAAGAGCUUCAAAAUAAAAGUAAAACUUGUACGUUUUCAAAGAGUGAUGCCCAAGUAAGUCACACUCAGGGUAGACCCAUUGAAAUUAAUGGCCUUUACUGUUUAAAAUUACUGUUUAAUGGCAUCUGACUGCUGAACAGAUAUUAUUCCCAUUUUGCUUUUGGCUUUCAAGUGGAUUUUUAUUUGCUCUCAUUAUGGCAAAGAAGUAUAUGUGGGCAUAGUAAAAUAAGAAUGCUUCUUGCACAGAAGAUAAGGAAAUUUUUGGGACAGAAUUUACCUUGUUGAAGGUUCUGUAUGGCAUUGAUGAUUUUGCAUCUCGUUUUAAUCAUUUUAGGUGUUCUUGAUCAGGGAUGGCAAGCGGAUUCAUCCACUCGCAUGGUUAUGCCUAAAAAGCCAGGUAGGGGGAGCUCUUGAUCCAUUAAGACAUUGUGUCUGGGUGGGUGGGUACAUUUUUGUUGCUUGCCUUGCCUGUGAAUGAAUUUAAAAGGAUAAUUAACAUUUGCAUGCCAGGACUUAAUUCAAAGUUAAAAAACAGCAAGGGGUAUUCCUGAAACAUCAUGUCAGAAAUAUGACUUGGUGUAUUUCUCAUGGGCACAGACAGCUUUAAUUAAGCAAGUGGGUGUAAAGCUUUUCGGCAAAGGAAAACAGAAUGUGCCUUAAUUUCUCUCGGCUAGCCUUGGCUUUGGAGACUCAGUUGAAUAUGUUUGUCAGUUUACUUUAACUUACAUGUGUGAUGCAAAUAAAGUGUAGUGAAAACUUAACAGUAGUUGCCAUUUUGAAAUUACAACUAACUUGGGUGUCAGUUUGUAAUUUGGUUGCUGAAUCUAAUGCAGAGGUCAGCAAACUGUUUCAGCAGGGGGCCGGUCCACUGUCUCUCAGUCCUUGUGGGAGGGGGGGCGGACUAUAUUUUGAAAAAAAUAUAUGAAUGAAUUCCUAUGCCCCACAAAUAACCCAGAGAUGCAUUUUGAAUAAAAGCACACAUUCUACUCAUGUAAAAACAUGCUGAUUCCCGGACCAUCUGCAGGCCGUAUUUAGAAGGCGAUUGGGCCGGAUCCGGCCCCCGGGCCUUAGUUUGCCUACCCAUGUUCUAAUGUUCUGCAUUAAUGGAAUAAAGAACAAACAGGGCAUGUUGUGAGGUUUGAUCAGUUGCUGAAUACUGUGUGUACUCCAAGCCAACUAAAAUUUCUUUAAAGUUUAUUUGCUCUCUCUUUAACUAGUUCCUAACCUUUAUAAUACAUACUUAACUCAGUUUGGGUUUGUUUUUUUUGGUGAAUAGUUCUUCGGGAUAUGGGAGUAAUCUUACAGAACUGCUCUUUUUAAAGUUUUAACUUCUUUUAACAGCAGCAGGAGUUCCUUGAGGUGAAUUCCCCACAGAGCAAAGGAACCUACAACAAUUUUAUAUGGCAGAGAUGGAGCAUAGCUGUAGAACAGUUAAUAAUUACAGUGUUCUUUUCAGCCAGUGUUGGCUCCUGAAGGGAUACUUACAUCACACAAAAUCUUAAGCAAGUUUGUAACAAAAAUUAAUUAACAGCAAAUAAGCCAGUCCUCCAACACACAGGCUUGGGUUUACAAUCGCUCUCUUACAAAUAGAAGAACUGGCUUACCCAAUAGAGAUUCCUGCAUUACCUCUCAUUCCAUUCCAGAGCAUCUCUCAACCCUCAGGAGGUGAAUUUUAUUUUGGGGGGAAAUCUGUUAAAGUUUCUCAUUUCCUGUGAAUAUAACUCCAUUUACUAGUUCUCUGGGUGCGGCCCACAGAGAAUUUUGAGGAGCAGCAGUAAUACAACUUUGUAGCCUUCACAAUACGCCUAGUGUCCCCCUUCUCCAGGCCAAGAGGGAACGGGCUCCUUGUGGAAGGCAGCAGUGGGAAGCCGUGGGGAGAGGGGCCUUCAUGUUCCAAGUCCUCACCCCAGACUUCCUGGCCUUCAAGCCUCUGCUGUUAAUCCCCCAGGGCCACACAGGCACAGACAUACCAGAAAUAGGCUGCUAGGCAGAGCUGGUUGUGUCCCACAGGGUGACACCUCGGCUCACCUGGGCUAGGAUAGUCCCAGCUCUGUAUGGUGAUGUAUUAAAUGACAACAACAGUGCUUUGAAAAUAAUGUAAAGAGCAAAAUUAUUGGAUAUAAUAUUCAGAUAUAUAUUAGUAACAUAGCUCUUUGUUCCAAAGCAAUGCUAGUUUGUUAAUUUCUUUUUAAAAUCAUUGCCAUUUUUAAAAAUAAAGGAGUAUAGAUGAAUCACUGUUUUUGUAUCUUGAAAGUGGAAAAGAGAUGGAGUGAGCGACUGAGAACAGAAUAAAUGUCCAUUUCUUAGCACCAGCAGCAUUUUCAGUAGCUGGCUUUUCAUAGUCCUAGACAUCAUUUCUGACCAGCACUUAAUUAAUGUUGUAAAUGCCUCAAUGACCCAGUGCCUGGGAUUUUUCCAAACUGCAGAACACCUUAAUUUGAUUUUUAGUAUCUUCCAGUCAUGCUAGGUGUGAUACAUGCCUUACUUGAGUUCAGGGUAAACUCUGCUUCAACUGAUAAAGUCAGUUACUGAAAAAGAACGCCUUAAUGAGAAGUUUGAAAGGAUUCACUGAAUGCAGUGCUUUUAGGCAAAGCAAGUAAAAUCUCUGUAGCAAGUAAGCAACUUAGUAAUGGAUAGCUCUAUAAAGGAUUUCACAGUAAAAUUAGGUACAUCUAGAAACCCAUUCUUGGUGCAAUGGUCCUUGAACAAUUUAUAAAUGUCAUUUUGUAUCUCUGUUUCAGGUCCCCAAGAGCCUUCAUUCAACAGAUUUCACCCAUUAUCAGGUAUGUGUUCAUUUAUGAGUUAUGUCUAGAGGGUGGUAGUCUGCCAUGGCAAAAACAGCACAGUUAAAAGGUAUGGGUUGGAUCCAGCAUUGUUCCUAUCCAGAGUUGGCCCGUGUAAAUUACUGGGCACAGCUCAUUUAGGUCUGUUAAUUUUAAUGGGGCUACUCAGAUUGCAUCCAGCUAAAUUAUACUCGAACAAAUUUAUUAUGGCAUAUUCCUUCAGAUGCAGGAAGUAUAAUCCUAUAUUGGCAAGCAUGUAUGCAUAUAAUUGUAAGACAAGUAUAGGAAAGUGAGGCUGGGAAAUGAAAUCAAAGCAGGGGUAAUAAUCGCAGUAGCCAGUUAACAAGGUAUUGUUGUCGAUAACAGAAAGUUGUGUAAUCACCAACACUGCCUUGUUGAUGACUGUAGUUUAUUUUGCUUUUAGGUAAUCAUCGCUGUUUGUCCUUAGAUUUCAGUUCUCUCUGGCCUCACUCCCCUCUGCCUGCCUUAGUCAUAUGUAUGUUUGCUUGCUGAUGAAGUGGACUGUGGUCCACAAAAACAUAUGCCAUAAUAGAUGUGUUUGGGCGGCCUUCUCCUUCCUCAUCUGGUCAGUGCAAGGUCUGCUGCAAGUGCAACAGGACUUCCCCCCCACCCAUCCCGUGACCUCCCCAGAUCUACUGCAGAUGGUUGGGUGAACUUCUCAAACAGAUUUGGGGGGGAAAGAGAGGGAGGGGGACAUUCCAUUGCAGGAGCAAGAAAUCCUUUUCGCUGGCAGAACUAAUUACUUAGUGCUAUGUUGAGUACAACUGUUAGUCUUCAAGGCGCCACACAAGUUGGCUUUAUAUCUGCACCAUCUAAUUUAUGUACUAGUAUUGUGUCAGAACCUACGUAAAAUCAUGUAAGACUUGGGCACAAGAAUAGAACUUGAGCUUGGGCCUUGAUUUCCAUGUGGGAGUGAAUCCCCCAACAGGGCAAAGAGAUCCUUCCCCCCCCCCUCUCCAGAUGACCCUUUACUUGGGCACACAUCCUCUGCCUUCAAGAGGAAACCCAUUGCACUUGGCAAUUCAAAAGCGGUGCCUCCUAACUGAAUAUGGAUCAGACCUCAGAUGUGACUUCUCUGUGCUUUUCAGUGGCAGGGAGCUAUUACUCAGUUUCCCUUCCCAUUUCUUCUAAUUUUCAUCCCAUUUUGUGCCUUAUUUUCAGAACCUGCUUCAGUCCCACCAAUUCCCAAUGAACAGCAGCUGGCUCGGUUAACUGACUAUGUGGCUUUCCUGGAAAACUGAUAACUCCAGUCACUCAUCCAUUGCAUCCUGUGUACUUCUAGACCUUUCAACACUAUGUUUGUCCUGUUGAAUGUUGCAAUAUAUGCACUAUUAUGGAAUAUGCUGGUAAAACAUAGUUUUGCAUUUCAUCUUUGUGUGUAUUUUGCUGGAGCAAGGGUUUAAUUCACUUGAUUCCCCCUGAUUAUCAACUAGCUGCACAGCAGUAUUAUAUAUUCAGUUUUAAACUCUUGUGCUUUAUUGUGAGGAAGGCAGAUUCUCUCCAACGCUGAUGUCUUGUAAAUGCAGCAGUGGAGAAGAGUGUCAUCCGUUGCCAUGGGUGGAACAGAAACUGAACUCUGAAAGGACAUGGAAGGAUUGUACCCAGAUCAGGGAACAAGGUGUAAGUCUAUACCUGAGGGGGUCAGUCUUUGCAGUGUCCUUCCAUAGAAAGUGGAGUCUGAUACUACACGCUAAAGAUUACACUCUUGUUCCUUUAUAAUGAGAUUCUGAAGUUGCUUUUUCUGUUUUUAAUUACCUGAAGUCUCCUUACUCGAGGCAGUUUUUGCCUGCUGUAUGCAAUGUGUCCUUUUCUCUUUAAAAGGAAACUAAGUGACCAUUUUAAAAGCAUAUUUGAGCAGCCAUUAGGUCUUCUGGGGGAAGAUGGAAAAAUAUUGGGGUGUAGUUUUCAGAUAGCUUCAUCUGGCUUCAGUUAGCUUGAUGAUAGUCUUAUUGGUGUUUAGGUUCUUUCAGACAUAUGUGGCUUGUAUUUAAGCCAGCAAUUCUGGAGCAUGUUUGCCAUCACUGAAAAAAAUAGUUCUGUGGUUGAUGCAAAUGGAUGAAAUUAUGCUGCAACUUUGGAUGAACAUUUCUGAAUUGGAAUCCUGAUCGUAUUGACUGCCGUCUUCAGUACUGCCUGGAAGGAAGCAGCUUGCUCUUGCCAUGCCCUUGUCUGUAAUGCUUCCAUUUAAAAUGCAGCCCUCCUCUAGAGUCUCAUUCUUUUUUCUCUUUUCAUUUGUUCCCCUCUUCAGGUGUUGGUCACCAUCAUUUCAUAGCUUGUCUCUGAAAUGGGUAGUGUCUGUCCUUUUGUUCUCCCAAUGCACUAUUACUGUACAUUCUGACAGUGUUUUGGAUGUUUUUGGGUGCAAGAAGGUCCCAGUAUGUAUACAGUUACUUUAAGAGGCUCUUUGUGAGUGUAACCAUUGAUCUCAAACUAUUAUUUAUUGUGGGGAGGGGGGAGCCUCAGCUCUUGAAAUUGUUGGAAGUUAAUUUUGGUAAUAUUAAAGUGUGCUUACAUCAGACCAGAAUCUUACUUUCUAAGGUUUUCUUCUAGUGAUGCCUUUAGUAUUAACAUUAUUUCAGCACUUAGAUCAACGUUAUCUAGCAGCCGUAGUCCUCUAUUCUAGGACAUAGAUCUUGUGCAGAAUGUAGAUUACAUAGUUCCUUCUCAAUGGACUUCACAGUAAGAGCCACAUCAUGUUUCCUCAGAUGUACUGUCAAGUAAAUUUGUUCAGGAAUGCAGUGCAAGUGUUGCGUGAUGGAGGAGCAGGGUGGGGAAGGCAGCAGAGGGGGUUUCUGGAGGGCUAGAGAAUAUGCUUUUGUGGAAGAAUUUUAGGUGCUGAGAAUUGGACAGGGAAAGGGGCUUGAAAUCCUAUGGAGGGGUGUGGAAAGAGCAUGGAAGGCAGCUGAAAAGACAAAAAAUGCGGAGCAAGCCAGUAAAUAGAUGAACAUGUCAAGUAAAAUGGAAUAAGAACCAAAGGGACUCCCCAAUCAUUUACUGAACUAUUUAAUUUUAUUGAUACAAACAUUUGCAAUUUUAGAGAUAUGCACAUGCAGUUGCUUCCCUUGAUAACACUGACCAUAGAGAGAGAAUUUCACAGAUUGGAUGACUGAAUCUCUCUCAGGAAACCAGCUAUUUACACCAGGAGUCUGUGGGCCAUGGUUGAAUUGCAUGUCUGCGAUCCGGGGAGUGGCAUGGAAGAAGCCGUUCAGAUUGUAUCACUGAAAGCAUGUCCAUCUUCCCUUAACUUCUCCCCCACCCUGAAGUCAUUCAUAGAAAUGUUGAACUCUGAAAAUCCAACACACCCCUCCUGUGUUGGCCUCUUGGGCCUAGGUGGGAUGAGUACCACCAACUAGCAGCAAGAACUUGUUGCUUCCUAGGAACUUUUGAAAUCUUUGUGCUCCUGGAAAAGUCUUCAUUUUCAUGUUCUUGCCUCUAGCUCAUCAGUGCUUCACUGAAGAUACUCUCAGCAUUCCCUGCUAAGGCUUGUAUUUACACAUCAAUACCUUUCACGCUUUUCCCUUUGUACAGUGGUACCUCGGGUUAAGAACUUAAUUUGUUCCGGAGGUCCGUUCUUAACCUGAAACUGUUCUUAACCUGAAGCACCACUUUAGCUAAUGGGGUCUCCCACUGCCGCCGCCAUGUUAUUUCUGUUCUCAUCCUGAAUCAAAGUUCUUAACCUGAGGUACUAUUUCUCGGUUAGCGGAGUCUGUAACCUGAAGCGUCUGUAACCCGAGGUACCACUGUACUGAACUUGACAGGACUGCGCUAUGUAUUAAAUACCUCUAAAGUGCUUUUGUUUUCUUGCGGGCUUUUCUUUCUCCUCCUCCCAGCCUCACUCCUGUUUGUGGAGUUCUGGUCUCAUGGACUUCUGGUCAGAAUCCAGCCAUGUGCAUCCCUCCCCCUUUCCUCCUGACCCCUCAAUUUCCUCUGUGUGCGUCCGCAUGAUUGUCAGUGGACUGUUGAAUGAAUUUCAGUAAAGGGGAGGGGAGAGAGUGGUAUGAGUGCUUAAAAUCAAUUCAUUGAUAUGAUUUAUUGUUAAAUCAAUGUAUAUUGAUUUAAACUGAUUUCAGUUGGCUAAUGAAUUGUUUUAAAAUUGGCUUGCAGUGAUUGUUUCUUGGAUGCAUUUUGUUCAGCUGUUUCACCUCUUUUGAGAUCCCUCCUGUAAUUAAUUCUUGCUUCUACCAUUACAGAUAGCUAGCCUCCUCUCCUUCCCACUUUUACACCAGCCACCACGGUUGAGUCUUACAGCCUGUAUAUAGGCGGAGACCAUGGGGUGGGGGUGCACCAAAGCUUCAGGUUGCCAUUCUGGUGGCAGUUACAACUUCAGUGGCAAAGGCUGGGCUGGUGCCAUUCCGCCUCUGGCUCACGCCCACCCCUAGCCAUGCCACUGUACUCACCAUGUUAAAAUAGGUAAAAUAGCCUUGAGUGGUGGUGGCUUGUCUUGGAGGUCUUCAUUAUUAGUUUCUCCUGAAUAUUUUUGUAAUUGUGUUCAAAAUUGGUUUGGGUAUAGAUGCUGCCAUUAAAGUGGCAUUUGUUCACUUGGAAAGUAAGGACUUUGCAUUUCUCUGAGGCAUCAUUUGUAAAAGUUAGAAUAGUGAUUCACUUUUAUUGUAGCUCUUGCGUAACCUGCAACCUAGUAUUUUUCAUGCUCCGAUUAAACCAGGAGGAAUGGAAAUAAUAAGUCAAAUCAGAUGUUUUAUGACAAGUGAUAUCUGAAAUCCCAUAAUGGCAACAGCACACUAUUGUUUCUGACUCUAUCCUUUCCAAAUGUGAAAGGGUAUUAGCACCUUUUUAUUUUAGUUGUCCAUUGUGGGUGGCUGAUGAGGAACCAAAGGUUCAGAAAUGCAUGGGUGGGUCAGUAUCUUAUGAUAGUAGGGAUGUUAUGAUACUGCUGCCAGAAUUCUACGCACCAUCAGGGCUUGCAAAUGGCAGGAAGAUGUCAGCAAUAUGCUUUAUGUUUAGGAAACUCUUGUGGAAAAGUUUUAAAACCUUUACCCAUUCUUGCACUCCAGCAUACAGAGGAGAUGGUUCUUAACAUUAACAGCAUCUGCUUUGAGGCAAUUUAAGUGCAUGAUAAUGAUGAAUCACUGACUUUAAUAGGACUGUUGCCUAACUAGCAUAUGUUAAGGCCACAUAAGUCAUAAAGCUGCUGUUGCCACGACGCUCCCCAUAAAACAAGAACUAUGGAAUAUAUCUUCUUGAGAAAGUUCCCUGUGCUCAAAAGUUUCAGCAUUUUCAGUGUGUACAAUCACAAUUUUGUCUUUUAUUUUUAUCGACUUCCCACCCCGUUUUCCAUGGAGUAGUUUCCCCCCUUCUGUUGCACCCUAUCUGCUAUCUAUUAAAUUGUAACCACAAUAUUAUAAUUAAUUACUUCUGUUGCUCAUAGCUCCAGUCUUUAGGGGUGUCAAGGGGUGCUCCGUAAAACAUGCCAGAAUGUGAAGCACAUGGGAGGGGGUAGCAAAGCUGUUAUAGCCUCUAGAGAAGGGAGAGCACUAAUGCUUGAAAUGUGAUGUGAUACUCCCGUUUGGUUGUCCAAUAUCCCCAUUCAUGAUACCUACUAGUUUCCAGCAUUCUGUCCCCCUGUAGCAUGGCCUAGAAACAGAUAUUAAUAGGCCUGAGUCUGGGCAUCUAUACAAAGGACCAAACUUGCAGUUGGAAAGGCAUUAAGAGCAGGUGCUAGCUGAACAUCCCUUGGGAGAACAUUCCAUAUGUAGUGUACCACAACUGAAAAGACUUUUUGUCUAGUUGCAAGCCUGCUAACCUCUGCAGGCCAGAAAAACACCUAGAGAAAGAUCUCAACCUUACUAAGCAGGCAGGAUACCUUGUUCUGGUGUCAUAAAGCUGUAAAGGAUUUUAAUGAUAAGCACAAGCAUUUAGAAUUUCGCUUCAAAAUGGAUUGGCAGACUGUGAAGAUGCAGAAGGGCUGGUGAGAGGUUUCCUUUAGCAAGGCCCAGUCAACAUUCUAACAGCAGAAUUUGGGAUCAAUUAAAGGCGGCAAAAGGGACCCCAUGUGGCAUGCAUUGCAGUAGUCUGAUCCGGACGUUACCAGUAUAGAUACAGCCUUACACUAGCUUAGUCUAUUUAUCACCGAGCCCAGCAUUGGAUGGCAGCAGCUCUUCAGGGCCUCAUAUCAAAUCUGGGUUCCUUCAUUUGCAAAGCAUGUGAUCCACCACUCUCCUGCAACUUGUCCUCCCUCAAUUCUGGGAGGGAUUGGUUUACCUAUGUAAAUUAUAUAAGACCUAGCAUGUGUUUCUCAAAAACAAGUCAUGCCAGUCAAAUCUAAUUUCUUUUUUUGAUAGAGUUGCAAGCUUGGUAAAUUGGGGGAACGCUAUGGACGUAGUGUAUCUUGACUUCAGUAAGGCUUUUAACAAAGUCCCCCAUGAUCUUCUUGCAGAGAAGCAGCUGAAAUGUGGGCUGGAUGAGGUAACUGUUAGGUGGAUUUGUAGCUGGUUGAAUGACCAAACCCAAAGUGGGCUCACUAAUGGUUCCUUGUCAUCCUGGAAAAAGUGAGAAGUGGGGUUCUGCAGGGUUCAGUCCUGGACCUGUUGUUCAACAUCUUUAUAAACGCCUUGGACAAAGGAAUUGAGGGGAUGCUCAUCAAAUUUGAAGAUGAUACCAAACUGGCAGGGGUAGCAAUACUACAGAAGACAGAAUUGGGAUUCAAGAUGCCAUGAAGUACUGGCCAAUAGUAUGGAUGGUGAACACUCAGAGAUUUAGGAGACACAAACCUGAAAGCGUUCAUGUGCAAAUGAAGGUGCACAAGCAUACAUGUGGAAGGAGUACAUGAGUGCCCAAGGGGAGCACAGCCUGUUCAUUGAAAGCUGCCCUUGAGUACAGUGGUGCCCCGCAAGACGAAUGCCUCGCAAGACGGAAAACCCGCUAGACGAAAGGGUUUUCCGUAUUUGAGUUGCUUCGCAGGACGAAUUUCCCUAUGGGCUUGCUUCGCAAGACGAAAAUGUCUUGCGAGUCUUGAGAUUUUUUUUUCGCUCCCCCCCCUUUUUCUAAGCCGCUAAGCCGCUAAUAGCCUUUUAGCAGCUAAGCCGAUAAGCCGAUAAGCCUUUAAUAGCCGCUAAACCACUAAUAGCGCUAAUCCGCUAAUAGGGUUGCUUCGCAAGACAAAAAAACCGCUAGACGAAGACACUCGCGGAAUGGAUUAAUUUCGUCUUGCGAGGCACCACUAUAUAGUGCUUUUAAAAUCAUUUAGCUUUCAGUCUGGAUAUAUUUUCAUCUUGGAUUCAUUCAAAACUGUUUUUGCCAUCUUCCUCUUAGAUUGGAUUUCAGACUCUAAAAUGCUUUAAAUAUGGCAUAAUAGCCAUACAUACAGCCACUUACAAAGUACUGCAGUGGGUAUAAAAUUGUAAUGUCCCGGUCAGCGGCAAGCAUAAUUUUGCCAGUGCCCUCUCCCAUGGUUCUCGGAUCAGAUACAUGUGCAGUACAAAAAAGUUUCACACUUGGUAAAGGGACCCCUGACCAUUAGGUCCAGUCGUGGCCGACUCUGGGGUUGCAGCGCUCAUCUCGCUUUAUUGGCCAAGGGAGCCGGUGUACAGCUUCCGGGUCAUGUGGCCAGCAUGACUAAGCCACCUCUGGCGAACCAGAGCAGCGCACGGAAACACCAUUUACCUUCCCACCGGAGCGGUACCUAUUUAUCUACUUGCACUUUGACCUGCUUUUGAACUGCUAGGUUGGCAGGAGCAGGGACCGAGCAACGGGAACUCACCCCGUCGCCGGUAUUCGAACCUCCGACCUUCUGAUCAGCAAAUCCUAGGCUCUGUGGUUUAACCCACAGCGCCACCCGCGUCCCUUCACACUUGGUGGGAUGUUACGAAAGGUUGGGCUCCCACCCUGGUUACACACGCACACCAUGCUAAGUUCCUACUUUGAUAAUGCCACCUGCACAUUUCCUGGAUGGUUGCUUGCCAAGACGCACAGCUGUGUGUCACAGCAUCCAACACAAAGCCUGUAACUCAGCUCAGGUAUGUUCAAACUUCAGGACACCUGGAUUCAGUUUAUUAUAUAAGUAAUACCAUGCAAUAUUUACCUCAGGUGUAAAGCUCUUGCUGUCAGCUGCCUGUGAGUUCUAACAGUGUUAGAUAACACCUUUCAGUUCUGUGCAUCAGCUUGCUUGACAGAUCCUAUAUGGAGGGAGCUUAUCAGGAACGCAGCCAGCAGUGGAUGGGGAAACUACUGUCUGUGGGAGUCCAGGGCCUCUGGGGGGCCACUGGGCUUUCCGCCCCUGCUUAGGCCUUUUCCUGUCUAUUGUGGAGAUGAGCUUGUGCUUGGGCUGUAGUGCUUCAGACGGGGGCUUCCAUGAUUGAAGGCUUUCUUUUCCCCACAUAGAAAAGAAGACUAAGAAUUCUAGCCAAACCUUGACAUGCCAAUUUUUUGUUUCUGUAUACGGGUGAGCCUUCCAUCUGAAAUAGUAGUCCAACAUAACAUUGGCUUCCUCCCUCCGUGACACCUUGGCCUUUGACUGAUGGCACUGGAGAUUUCUACUGGGGAGGCCAAAGCUGCAGUCCAUUCUGUUCAAACAGCCUAAUAGCUGAGAAUUGUUGGUUAACAAUUCAGCAAUGCUUCGCUCUCACGGCUUGUAAAGGCGGAUUUUCCCAGCUAAGGGAAGAGGCAGGUGUCUGAAGAGAUUGUGGGAAGAAAAUACUGCUUUCUUUUUGUUCUCAUAAAAAGGCCCUUAAAGGUUCCUGCAACAGUAUUCUUGAUGGAUCAUUCUCAUAUGAAUUCAUAGGAGCAUCUGCUCAGAAAUAUAUUUACAGAUAUGCUGUAUUGAUAUUGUUUGAUAUUCCCAUAGAUCUUAUAAAAUAUGCUGCCCCUUGCACAUAGUCCAAGAGGUGGGGGGCAAUUUGUUUGCUAGAAGUGGUCAUUUGGCUGGUGGAUGAUAAUUGAAAGCACAAUGAAAAACUGGUUGCGAAAAUUCACACACAUGCAUGUCUAAAAUUUGCUUUGUGCCCAGGACACGACCUUAAGAAGGGAGUGUAUGCAGAGCUAAAUGUGAGCAGCAAAGCAGAGGCGUUCAUUGGGGAACAGUUUGCUCCAAGAAUGUGGGGUCCAGAUGUUUGAAGAGUUUAUGAGGACGAGAACAGCUUUUGUGCAGCUGCAUCUCUAAAGCUCUGUGAGGUUUUUCUUUAAAAAACUUUGUAUAAAUGGCAGUAGAAGGUCAUUUGUUCAAUGGCCACACAGGUCCAUUUUUAUUGACUACCACUGGUUUUUCCCAUGUUGUAGAAAUGGUGCUUACAAGUAAUGCAUCUGAUACUUGAUUCCUAAAGAAUAUUUGAAUCUUGGCAGAUGAUCCUGGGCACUCUCCCAUUUCAAUUUCCCUUGGUAUUACUUGGAAAUAAAUUUCCACACGAAUCCCGCUGGAUCUGUUAUUUGCUUGGAGAUUUAUUGUCGUUCCCCUUUACCACUUCCUCUAAAGACUUGAAUGUGCAGAAGGAUAGCUGAAAGCGAGCACUCGCUCUAAAUCGAGUGAAGGUCUGCUGGGAUGAGAAGCAUUUUUAAAAUUAUCGUAAUCACCAAUUAACUGCCAGGCGUUUUUGCUGCUGAGAGAGAACAGUUCAGAUUGUGGUUUGGAUGACAAUGUGGCUCUAGUUUUGUUUUACAAAACAAAAUAAAUCAUGGUUAUCUGUCUGGCACGCCAAAUUCAGGUUUUGCAAAGUUAAUGGUGUUAGGGAUGUGAAUAGAUUUUAGGAGAGGAUAUAUUUAUUAAAUAUUAUCCUUCCUUCGCGUUUGUGAGUGAAUCCCUUUGCAGAUUAAGAGGAAGCUUAGAUAGGCUAGUUUUAGGCUUCUAGUUUAAGUAAUGCAGGAUGCUUUAAGGCAGACUGGAUUCUCCUGCUAUUUCCCCCUUUUCUCCCCUUUAAAACAAUAAUCACACGCAAUCUUGUGAAAAGUAAAAAAAUAACAUUUACUCAGAAUACUUGUGUUGAAGAGUAGCAGAUAUAGCAGCUUUGUUCAGGCAGGCUUAAAAUGGUAAUUCAGUUACAUGCUUAAGUGUAUUUUAAAAUGGUGCCUUAGCACUGGAGCUCAGAUACAGCAGAACUUCUUACAUUGCUGACUUGAUGGAAAGUGGUGAAAAACGGAUUGUGUGUCCAGGCAGGUCAGGAGAAUAUUUAUAUGGCUUUGACCCGAAAAACUGUCUGCGGACAAACGCCAGCUCCCUCGGCCUAUAGAGCGAGAUGAGCACCCCAACCCCAGAGUCGUCUGCGACUGGACUUAACUGUCAGGGGUCCUUUACCUUUACCUCUUUUUUUGCCUCCCCCUGUCAGGGCACAAUGGGAGUGUUUACAGGAAAACGCCUUGAGCUUCUGAUCAAAUUCCUGGAAUUGCAGAUCACUGAAGUUAAGGACCCAAGAAGUCUUCAGGUUUUCCUGAGGAAAAAUACAAUGCUGAUGUAUUCUUAUUCAUACAACAAAGAUAAAUGUCCUACUUCGUGGCUUACCAUUGGCCUAAUGAAGGAUAAAGGUAAAGGUAAAGGUACCCCUGCCCGUACGGGCCAGUCGUGUCCGACUCUAGGGUUGUGUGCCCAUCUCGCUCAAGAGGCCGGGAGCUGGCGCUGUCCGGAGACACUUCCGGGUCACGUGGCCAGCGUGACGAAGCUGCUCUGGUGAGCCAGCACCAGCGCAGCACACGGAAACGCCAUUUACCUUCCCGCUAUAAAGCGGUACCUAUUUAUCUACUUGCACUUAAGGGUGCUUUCAAACUGCUAGGUGGGCAGGAGCUGGGACCGAACGACGAGAGCUCACCCCGCCGUGGGGAUUCGACCAUGCGAUCGGCAAGUCCUAGGUGCUGAGGUUUUACCCACAGCGCCACCCGCGUCCCAUUAUGAAGGAUAUGGUAUACUUAAUCAAUGCACAUCUAGCUAUUUAAAAAAAACAAAAACUUCAAAGGAAGGCUAUUGUUUUCACUUUCCCUUAGAACAGGUGUGGGGAAUCUUUGACAGCUCUCUCGUCAGUGUUGUAGUUGAGCUUCCCUUAGUGCCCCUGGGUGAUAUUUUUGUUUUGUUUGAUUUAAAUAAAUGUAUAUACAUUAACAAA